UACAUGUCAAUUUUCAACUUGCUGUUAAGGCGUAUCUCCUACGACAUAUACGAUGUCCUCAAGUCAUACGCAAGUUAAUGAAUGGAAUCCUAUUGCGGACACACUAUUGUCCACAUGUUCAGCAGGCCUAAUCCAGCUGACUGAUCUGCGCCAGACUCAUGAAUAGGAAAUGAGACUUCAUUUUCACUGCCCGAGAAAAUGUAAAAAGUAGGCUGAAUCGUUUGGGAUUACAUAUCUGAUGAGCAGUGCUGCAUGAAGGAUAUUUUAGUUCAUUGUCCGUGAAUUCUAAUAAUCGUUUGUCGAAAAGUUGUUCAUGUCGUGACAAUUGAGUAACAUCGCAGUCAAUACGUUUGUUUCUAAACCAUAACAUGUAUAUCCAGCGGACGGAUUAGUACCCUCAAAUGCCUGACCGGCCAGCACUGAACGAUCUGUCAUCAACCUCCACAUUGAGGUUGAUCCCAUUGGCAUGACAGGUGACAAUAUAAAAAGGACAACUCGUUAUUUCGUACGUUGCGACAACGAAAAUUCAGCAGCAUGAAGGCUUCGAAAGUGAUAGGAACAUUUUCGUUAAUGUUCGUGAUGGGGCUUCCAACCCUCGCUCAAGAACUUCCUGGCACGCCGACCAUCCAGGUCAAAGGCCGAAGUGGAGGUCCAGUUUAUUAUGUAGAUAAAGGCGUUACCAUUUCCAUGACCUGCAAAAGUGACCCAAGCGACGUUUGGGCCACUUGGUCUUGGCCUUCUUAUGAAUGGUACACGUUAUCGAGCCGGCAACGUUUGAAAGUGGCGGCCUCAGCGACUGUGAACAUAAACAGUACCGGAAUCUACCAAUGCCGCGUUGGUCGGACCAAAAGAGGCGUCACAUUGUGGAGUUAUUUGAGUUAUUCCAUAGCACUCGUCGUGAGAGAGCCGGAUGACUCCGAAACGCCUGACAACCCAAAAAUAAUUUGGUUUCCAAAAGGACCCAUACACGUUGGUGACACUAUCACUAUGAUUUGCCUUGCUGAUCUUGAUGGAAGACAACCAGAUGAUUCGUUCAUUACAUGGCAUAAUCGUGAAGCAGAUCAGAUACUUUCACCACACCUACACACAUCGACGGCUGAUCAGGAUUAUAUACGUAUAUUUUCUAAGAAAGUGGAACUUGCCGAUUCGGGAAAUUACUCCUGUCGAGCUAUUUAUGAUGAAGAUGAAAAGACCAGCAAAGAAGGAAAACUUGUGAUUAUUGAUUACCCUACCAUCACUGACUGGCCAGAACAUUCCACACUCGCCGUCGGGGAUGCACUCUCAUUGAAGUGCAGUACUACAAUUGCUAGGGGAUCACUCCCAUCGUACCGUUGGUUCAAGGAUUCCGCCGUGCUUCCACAAUCUACAACGGCAACCUAUUCGAAACAAAACGUGGAAACAUCUGAUGCCGGAGAAUACUUGUGCAGUGUAGAUGAAAGUGAUGGUUCAGCUAGCAACAGCACUGUAAGGACACUCUUCGUAAAAGAAGCAGAAACCUGGAAGAGGAAUUGCUCCACAAUGUGGACGAAGUGGAUGAGUCGAGACCCAAAAGCUCGCAUGGAAUACCGCAACCAAUUCUGUGCUGAGAUCAGCUCCCGGGGAAAAAUCAGGAACUGGACCUUAGAGUUAGAGGAUCGUGCCAAACGAGCCUCAACGUUUGAUGCAUCGUUCCGGUCCAGAAAGAAGACAUUCACCAAAGCCUUACUUAACCAAUCAUCGGACGACUUUAAAGCUCUCAAAACCGAAUUCACGCACCUACUGCAAAAGGUUUAUAAAGAUUCCGACAACGCUACUAGCGAUCUGGUGAAAGAGGUUAACAUUACAGGAUUCAAGCAAGGCAGCGUCAUUGUCCACUUCCGUGUUAUAUUGUACACCGCAAUGAAGGUGACAGACCCUGUCGCCAAUAUUUCCAAAACACUGGCCGACUAUCUCAACAAGCAUACGGCAGAUGCUGAGGAGUAUGGUAUCACUCCUUCGUCUGUUACCAGUUCAGGCGAAUGCAUGGCAGACCAGUCGACUGCCUCUUCGCGAAUUGCAAAUACGCAGAACAAAACCGAGGUCAUCCUAGCCGUAACCUUGACCUUCAUUAUGCUUCUGGUUGUUGUCGUUGUUGUGCUGGUCUUUUUCUUAUUAAGACUGAAACGAUCCCUCCUCGAGAAGGAAUCACUGGGAGAAAACGUGGCAUUUCAUGCAGACGGCAACGGCAGUGGCCGGCCAGCUGUGAUUGUGAAAGACAGAACGAUUUCUCACGCGAGAAGUGACUUCGAUCCGUACGCCGCGCUCGGGGAUAAGAAUGUCUACGCCGACAAUGAAUACGGGAGCUUAGGCGAACAGAAAAGGAUCGCCAGGCCUAAGGGCGACAAAGACAAUGCUGCAUAUGCGUCAGAAGAUGGGGAUUAUUUGGAUAUAAUUGGAGACGGAAGGGUGGUUUCUCCGAGCCUGCAGGCAGAGUUAGAAGACGGAUACCGGGUGAAUGAGGCUGACGCACCGGAACCUGGGGGCGAAGGUGCUGAGUCCGUCUAUACCUUGGCAGAAGGCACCGGUGACGUCUAUGCAAUUCCUGACAAGGAAAUAAUGGGCAAAAGCGGAGCCCCGGUGUUUUCCCAAGCCUUUGGAACGAAACCUGAACCAGUACCAGGAAAGACUACGUCAUAUGAGACCCAAGACGCAGCAGUGUAUUCGCUAGAAGGAAUUCCCCGCGGCAAACCCAAACCAUCGCAGUCUUCUCUUGCCAACCAUGUGGACGAUGACAGCGCCGAGGACUACUCUCAACCGUAUGGGCGCGCACCUGGCGCAAAGUACCCGGAUAAGAACAAAAAGGGAUUGCAAGGAAACGUUUUGUCUAGCAACGGUGAUGGAGACGAGUACAGCAGACUACAACUCCCAACACUUACCAAGCCAAGUACGAUGCAAUAUUUGGAGAAGAAACCGAAGCAAAUGAAAGGUUUAAAUUCUGCACAGGAAGAUGUCCAGGAUGAUGAUGAGGCGGACUAUGAGUACAGCACGGCGUGCGAAGUGAUUCCAUAGAUAUCUGCAUAUCUUUAUUACUCGCUAGUUAUCAUAUAUCCAAGGCAUAGGCCUCAUUCACAUAGGACGAUGUUCGGGAGAAAUUCUAGUAGUUGGAGAGAUGUGUAAUGUGUGUAGUGCAGCGUAACCUUUUUUUAUAUAACAGUAUUAUUCCAGCUCGGUUACAGAUCCUUACCCAAGGAGACCUUGAAUAUCAGUUCCAACUGGACAAGCAUCUUGUGAAGGUCAUGUAAGAAAUCGUUAUACACGCACCAAGAGACGUAGAAUUUCGAGUUGGAACUUGGAAAACCUGUCCGUUAUGUACGAGGAUCCGGGUUAUGCGAGUCCGGUAUAUGCAAGGUUUACUGACAAAAUAUUUUUUGGUGCAGCAUAUAUAUUCUGCUAGCUAUAAUGGAUUAUCUAAGAAGCUGUAAUGCAUAUUGCUUAUUUAUACUCAAGUAAUGCUUUGUAAAACCUUUCUACGACAGACCUGGUGAAGACUCGGUAGUGUCGUAACAUAGCUCCAAUAGUUUGGUUGAUCUACAAAAUUGAUGAAUGUACAUUGCACUUCUCUCUUUCUGAUAUCCAUCUUGAUCCACUCAGCAACUUCCCUUUCUUGUUGCAUCGUAACGUUCUAAUUGAUCAAUAUUCUUUCUGUCAAAUGCCUUGAAUUUGCCUUUGUUACGUAGUGAUGAAUACGUACAGCUCUAUCUAAUCAUGCUAUUAGUUACUCAUGUUACGCAGUUAUAAUGCCCUGUCAGUAACAAGUUGUUAUCAUACCGCACGGCAUCGUCAAAACGUAAUGACUGGUGGUUGGAUUACUAAUUGCACGCAUCUCGGAGUUUCAAAUUCCAUAAGCACACCGGGUAUAAACAUUAAUGUUUUACAUCGGAAGCCCAGUCGAGGUCACGCGGUGAAGCAUCACGACACUUUUGCACUGGAUAACAUAUCAUGCUAAGGCUGGAGACUACACUCCCAAAAAGCUGUGGCGUCUACCAAGUCUUUCCUCCGAGUGACGUCGAGACAUCAAUUAACCGAUGCGACGGAGUGUAACUGGAACUUCCAGAGCUUUUGGUUGCGGUGUUGAACCUUUCGCACACGGUUUGACGGAGUCCAUGGCCGAAUGAUGAAUGGGGAUGUCGCCAGAUCAUUGGUGUUUGUUGACCUCAGGGAUAAGUGUUUCGAGAUAACGCCUGGCUGGCACUUGUAUUAGCUACAGAGUUAACGUGUCAAUUAGGGCGACACAGAUACGCCUUUGAAAAUGUGCAUAAGUUUGGCGACCGGUGCACAUUUCCUGAUACAAAUACAUUAUCGUAGAAUGGCGGUUUGAUGCUGCGGUGACAUCCACAACGUUCCCAAUGAACCUUAGCUAGGCAAAGAGAAGUAUUUUUCAUGAGACCACAUGUACAGUUGUUCCAUAAAUCUGUCCAAAGAGCUA